AUGUGUGCCAGAGGAGGAGAAGGUUUAGCGAACCGCAUACACUCUGAAUCUCCGCAGGAGGAAGAAAUCCAUAUCACACCUCUGGAAAUUGCUCCUCACUGCUCCUUUCUUCAGAGGGAAAGUAACACCUUCUCUCUGUAGCUUUUUGCUGCAUCUCGCACAUUUCUCCUUCCCUCCACGUCUCAUCUCCACUGUGUCACCAUGGACAUCGGUGGCCUGACGACAGUGGUGGCCAACUCUGCUUACAUCUCGGCCCGUGGGAGCUUUGACGGCACCGCCAACCCGGCAACCAACCGAGACAAGAAGUACCACGCUCGCUUGAAGCUGCCUCACAUCACAGUGUGUGAGGGUCUGCGGGAGACUUUAGAUCUGGCCUUCCAGACGGUCUGUGUGGAGCAGCCCAUCGGCAAACGUCUUUUCCAGGAGUUCCUGGACUCCAACAAUGAGUAUAAAGGCCCCUGCCGCCUGUGGAAGGAUGUUGAGGAAUACAACAAAGCUGAGGAUGAAGAUAGAGUCAAGAAAGCGGGCAAGAUCUUGUCUAGGUACAUGGAGCCUGACGCCAAGUAUUACUGCCCCUUUCUGCCAGAAAAUGGCAUCACAAAUGUCAAAGAGAAACACCAAGAGGCCGGGGACGAUCUGUUCAAUGAGACCAUGGACAGCGUGAUGGACUUUCUCAAGGAAGUGCCCUACACUUUCUUCCUUGAAAGUAUGUAUCUGAAGAGGUUCCUGCAAUGGAAGUGGCUGGAGAUGCAGCCCAUGGGAGAGGACUGGUUCUUGGAUUUUCGUGUUUUGGGCAAAGGGGGUUUUGGGGAAGUGUCUGCCUGUCAGACGAAGGCCACGGGGAAACUGUACGCCUGCAAAAAGCUCAAUAAGAAGAGACUGAAGAAGAGGAAAGGUUAUGAGGGGGCGAUGGUGGAGAAAAGGAUCCUGGCUCGAGUUCACAGCAGGUUUAUUGUGUCGUUGGCUUACGCCUUCCAGUCAAAAACGGAGCUGUGUCUGGUCAUGACCAUCAUGAACGGAGGAGAUCUGAGAUAUCACAUCUAUAAUGUUGAUGAGAACAACCCGGGUUUUGAUGAACCUCGGGCCUGUUACUACGCUGCUCAGAUCAUCCAGGGAAUGGAGCACCUCCACCAGAAGAGGAUCAUCUACAGAGACCUCAAACCAGAGAAUGUGCUGCUGGAUAAUCAAGGUAACGUCCGUAUCUCUGACCUUGGCCUGGCCGUGGAGCUGGCUGACGAUCAGCUCAAAAUCAAGGGCUACGCAGGGACUCCAGGUUUCAUGGCUCCCGAGCUGCUGAAAGGGGAAGAGUACGACUACUCUGUGGAUUAUUUCACUCUGGGAGUCACUCUGUAUGAGUUUCUGGCUGCCAAGGGGCCCUUCAGGACCCGAGGAGAGAAGGUGGAGAACAAGGUGGUGAAGAAGCGGAUUUUGAACGAUCCGGUAACUUAUCCAGAGGAGUUCAGUGAGAACGCUCGGUCCAUCUGCGAAGGUCUGCUGCACAAAGAGGUCGACAAGAGGCUCGGCUUCAAGGACGGAUCAUGUGAUGAGCUGAGGGCGCAUCCCUUCUUCAGCGAGAUCAACUGGAGGAAACUCAAUGCAGGGAUCCUUCCACCACCGUUCGUGCCAGACUCCAAGACGGUAUAUGCCAAGGACAUCGAUGACGUCGGGGCCUUCUCCACGGUUAAAGGCGUCCAGAUCGAAGACAAGGACAAGGACUUUUUUGACGAGUUUGCUUCAGGGAACAUCUCCAUCCCGUGGCAGGAGGAGAUGAUUGAGAUGGGGAUCUACGGAGAGCUCACAGUCUGGGGUCCGGUCGGCACUUUGCCCAACGACCUGCGACGUGAAUCCAUCCUGGAGCGGCCGCCCAAAUCCUCCACCUGCACGCUGUCGUAGGAGGCUGUGCUGACCAGAGUGAGGCACAUCUGCUGCUAAUGCAGGAUUUUGCAUGAACUGUUAUUUCUUGAGCACUUUUCCUACGAGUUUCAGCACAGGUUAGUGGUGGAUUUCACUGAAAGUGAAUAUUUUUUUUACCAGGAUGAGUUAUUUACAGUAUUAUCUGCACUUUUUGUCCAUUUUUUAUUCGUUUUUGCUGCAAUGCUAGUCAAAGCUUCACAGUUCAGUAAUGUAAAUUUCCAUCAUUUGACAAAUGCUUUAAAAGCAUUUAAUUGUACAAAAAAAGUUCAGUUUAUGUGUACAUAUGGGUCAAUGUAUAAUUGAGGGACUUUUGAAGUCCAUGGGAUAUAUCUUGCAUACAUUUUUAUUAGAAGUUAAAAAACUAAUGUUUUUUAUGUUCAUUAUGAUCAUGUCUUUACAAAUUCCAUAAUUAUUUAUUAUUGAAACAAUCACAUUAAUAAAAAAUGACUGGAUAUCACUAAAAUGUCAACUAAAUAACCGUCUGAAUUUAAUAACCACCACCUUCUAAUUAGCUAAACAAUAAUAAAAUGAGCUUAUUCAAAAAUGGUUUUGAUUGUGUUCUUUUUAUUCAGUUGAGAUAAUCAUGACAGAUAAUUCUUUUUUGGCAAUAUAUCACAUUUUAUAUGGAAAAUAACAAAUUGUAUCUGUGUCCAAGAAAUCACUUUCAACUAAGUUCCCCAUUACAAAAACACCUCUCAAGGAAGUGUGUUAAUUCCAGAUCACAUGACCUGCUCCACAUGAUGUCAUUUCCUCCUGAAGAAAAGACUGACCAGACUCCAAGGCUUUCUGAGUUAUUUAAUAUGAAGUAGUGUGGAUUUAUGGCAUGUCAACAGGUUUACUACAAUAUCUUUAUAAAUAACGUUCGAUUUCAAUUUUCUUCAAUUGUAUAUAUAAUAUUUUGAAGAAUCUUUCUUUAAAAAUGCCAUGUGGUGUUUGGUUAUAGGCAGCCAUGUUGAUUUUAUGCCUAAAAACAGCAAAAAUAUCAGCUAUGAUACCUGUCAACCAUGUUACAAAAAAAUUAAUAUGUAAUAUAAAAAUAACAUAGGGGUCAAUUAUAUAUUGACCCCUAUGUUAUUUUUAAUUUAGCACACACUUUUGUGUUGCACUUGUCAGUUUCUAACAUUGUGAUUUUUGUUAGCGUUUUAUAGGAAUGAAUGAGCGAUCCGUGUGAGAAUGAACUGCAUUUAUAUCUCCUACCAGUCAGGUUUUAUUUGCCUGCCAUGUAAGUGCACAGCGUUUUUCUGCGUUUCCACUUUUCGCUGCUCCAGUGUGUUACAUGAAUUUCCCAGCUUCAGAAGUGUAAAUAAGCAUGUCUUCACUGCUACUCCGGUGUUUAUGAAUUGAAAUAAAUAUUUUAUUCCAAGUUUAUGUCGU